ACUUGCAGCAAUUCUAUCAUGCUGGGUUGAAUCAAACUGUUUCUCCUCAUCGAAACCCUUAUGGUCUCAGGAAUAAACUGAAAACUUCAUGGUCUCACGUGGAACUUCUUCCUAAUAAAGGCAUUGCCUAACUUCUGCUUUUGCUAUUUCGUUAUCGAUUGGCAUGGUUUACUCUAGUGUGAAUCUAUGAAAAGCCAUUUCCUUUAGCUUAUAAAGUACGGUAACUAUUGGAACAAUAGAAAGGAGAACCUACACACAGCAGAGCAAUCGAAUCACCUGAAGCAAGACAAGGCAGUGACUCGUAACUCACACCUGAUUUCCCUAACAAAUAAACUCCACAGCUGCUGGACCAAGGCUCAGCCUAUGCUCUGAAAGAAGAUGGCUUUCACACAAAACAAGCUACUUUUCAACACCAUGCUUUGUGGCUUGCAAAUCUAUGUGCUCUACCUACUUUUAGGUAAUUCUUCUGCAUUAAAAAUGACAAUUCCCUCAUACACAGUCAAUGGCAUUGAAGGACAGCCACUCAGACUUGAUAUUGCUUAUAAUGUCAACUUUGCCAUUUCUGAGCUCCAGAUAAUAUGGCUGUUUGAAAAACCACCAACAAACCCUAAAUAUCUGAUUAGUUCUGCCAAUCAAUCAGUUGUUCCAGACAUAGAAUAUAGGCACAAAUUUACACUUUCACCUCCAAAUGCAUCUUUGCUGAUAAAUUCUUUACACAGAAGUGAUGAAGGAAAUUAUAUUGUUAAAAUCAAUAUCGAUGGCAAUGAGACAAAAUCAGUAAGUGAAAAGAUUCAGGUUACUGUUGAUGUGCCUCUCACCAAGCCUGUCAUAUACAUGGAACCCUCAUUUGGAGUUGUAGAAAAAAAAGGAAACAUCACUUUGAAAUGUCGGGUGGAAGAAGGCACAAGAAUAGUUUACCAGUGGAUGAAAAAUGAAAAUCCAAUUGAAGACAGCAACAAUGGCUCCAUGACUAUAAACAAAGAUACACUUUCCAUUGCCCCCGUUUUCAGAGAAGCUAUUGGGAACUACAGCUGUUUAGUAACCAACCCUAUCAGUGCCAUGAGGAGUGAUAUGAUCACGCCAACAAUAUAUUAUGGACCCUAUGAACUUACCAUAAAUACUGCCAAAGGCCAGAAAGUAGGAAAAGUGUUUACGCUUGAUAAAGGUGAUGCUGUUCAACUGUACUGCUCAGCAGAUUCCAAUCCACCAAACAUUUAUUCAUGGAUCCUGAAGGCAAACAACUCCAUAUAUUCAGUACAAUAUGGAAGAUUUCUUGAAAUUGCAUCUGAGAAGGUGACACAGAAAACAGAAUAUAUAUGCACUGCUUACAACAACAUGACUGAAACCCAUGUUGAAACCCACAUCUUGGUGAUAGUAAUACCAAAAGGACUGGAUCAGCUAGCUCAGAAAGGGAAAUAUUUAUCCCCCCUGGCAAUAAUAACUGGAAUUUCAUUAUUUUUAAUAGUAUCAAUCUGUAUUUUUGCAUUAUGGAAACGAUUUCGGCUAUAUAAAGGAAAACAGCAGAAAUCGAACAGAAAAGCCCCCAGGACUAAAGCACGUUACCGAAAAGGACAAAAUAAGUCAGGACAUGAAAAUACAGGGGAAGGAGUAUACGAAUUUAUUGAAUGUGCAGGUUCUGCAGGAACUCCAUGGCCACCAAGACGGCGUGUUACUGACUCUGAUGUUGGGCAAAGUCAGAGUGUUAAUGUUACAGUUUAUGACGUUGUUCAGCAUGUUCCUGAACAAAACCAAGAACAACAAGAUGAUGCAUGAAAAGGAAAAUGGAAGCCAAAUUACAUCUGUUUCCAUAGAAAACCAACAAUUGCCUGCAGGAAAAAAAUUCUGACAUAUAAUACAAAUGCCACCUCAAAGUUAAAAAGCAAAACAUUUUUUCAUGGACUGCAUUUCUAACAGAAAUAGCUUAUGAUUACUGGUUAGACUGUAAAAGUAAUCGCUCCAAAGCUAGAGCAAAAUGUUAAAGUGUGUUCAACUAUUUUAUUUUAGAAUGGGGGGAUUUCCCAUUUUGCCUAAAGAGAUUGACAGUUUCAUUAUUUGUUUAAUGCAACCAAUGUGCCUUAUUGUUUUACGUAAGUCUAUACUGUCUAAAAAGGAAAAACAGUGGUAUGUUAGCAAGUACUAAGUGCAGUAUUUUUUUUUAAUAAAUAUCUGCUUUUUUUUUAAACACCAGCACCAGCUAAGGAUUUACCUGCAAUUAAAAUAAGUUCCAGAACUUCAACUGAUAGAGAACAUAUUGUAAAUAGCAUACUUUUCUAUAUCUAGGCAUUUAAUGUACGGAGUAUAAAAUAUAGUACUACCAGCAGUGACUAGAGUCAACAUAAAAUAUGACGGGGAAAGUUAUGAUAAUCAUUCUCAAAUUUCCUCCAAUCCCAGCUACCAUGUUUCCCUGAAGACCUAUCUCAAAAAUAAGCCCAAUCUUGAUUUUUAUAUGUGCGUUCAAAAGCCUUACCCCCAAAAUAAGCCCUAGUUAUGAAUC